CACUACCAACCCGUCCAAAACCGCAGAAAAUCAGCAGUCCUCACCACCCUAUGGCGUCCGCCGCCGUUGCCGCCGCGGCCGCGCCGCUGCGGCGUUCGCUCCUUCCCUCCCUCAACCCGAGCUGUCUCUUCUCCUCCCUCGCGUCCUCCUCGCACCGCCUAUCUCUACCGCGCGCCCUCCGCCCCGCGGGCCCUUUGCCCUCCGAUGUCGAAGACUCGGACGAUUCGAAUGCCGGAGACGGCGCCGGCGAGGCCCUCAGGAAGAGCCGCAACGACCUGAAACGGGAGGCUCGUCGCGCCGUGCAGUGGGGUAUGGACCUCGCUAAGUUCUCCCCUCCCCAGAUCAAGCGCAUCCUCAGGGCUGCGUCGCUAGAUCGCGAGGUGUUCGACGCUCUCAUGCUCGUGAAGAGAUUUGGAUCAGAUGUGCGGGAAGGAAAAAGGAGGCAGUUCAACUAUAUCGGUAUCUUUACUUACUGGGUUAAUUGGAUUCAUGCCACUGCAAAUAUGUCAAUUCAAAAAAAUGUCACUACUAUUCAGUAUAUCGGCUACGUGGCACUGAAAAUUGUGGAAAUUGGAUCCAUGCCACUCCAUCACGUUUUCCGUCAAAAAUCUUUAUUAGCCCCCAGCUGCACGUGGGCCCCACCUCCCUUCCCUCUCUUCUCUUUCCUCUUCCUCUCUCUCCACCACCGUAGAUGCGGCAGGAGGUGUCGUCUCCGUCGUCUCCAUCAUUGUCUUAGAGAGGUCGGGCCAGGCUGCGCCUGCGUCGUCGUUGUUGUCGAGCACCUCGUCUCGGAGCCGGUGAGCCACGCGGUCUCUGUCACCGUUCAAGGGAGGAGGAGGUGGUGGUGGAGGAGGCAUCACCGACGACUGAGUACCCAUCCUUGCCACCGUUGCCGAGGACCUCCAUGAUGCGCGGCUAAGGCAGCGGCAGCUAGAGGGGUGCGCUAUCAGCAAGGACCCUCUCCUCAAUUAAUCCAUCGCUAGUACGCUGCUCUGAUGGCUCGCUUCGCCGUCGUCGCCAUCAUCGUCACCCUCCUCGCCGUCACGGCCGCUGUGCAGGCCCCGGGAGUGGCCCCCAUCCCGGCACCCAAGAUGGCCCCGCUGCCUGCUCCCCCGACGAGGUCCCCGGCCACCGCUUCCUCCAUCCCGGCAAAGGACAAGAGUCCAUGGUGCAACAGUCACAACAAUGGCAGAGCAAGCAACAGUAGUCGCGGCACGAGCAAUUUCGGUGGCGGUGGCAAAAGCUCAUCGUGAUAGUGGCGAGGUCUCAGUCCAUCGUCAUUUUUGGCUUGAUGGGACAAGCAGCACUGCAUCAGUCGGCAUGGUGGACAAGCAGCAGUCACAAUAACGACCGGGGACCUCGUCGGCAUGGUGGGCUAAACUAAGCCCUUUGGUUUGAGAAAAACCGAUCCUUGUUUCACCGAGGAAAAGAGAGAAAUUCUGUAUAAAUUGACAAUGCUGACUUGAAUUGACUAAUUCAGUUCCGCCUAUUCCACAUUAAUGGGAGUACAUUUAUGUUUCUGCUUCACGAAUAUAAUAUUUUUUGGGCAUUUCUAAUAAUAGCAAGCCUUAUUCCUAUUUUAGCAUUUUGGAUUUCAGCACUUUUAAGCUCCGGUUCGUGAAGGACCAGAGAAGCUUUCUAGUUAUGAAUCGGGUAUAGAACCCAUGGGGGGGGGCUUGGUUACAAUUCUGAAUACGCUAUUACAUGUUUGCGCUAGUUUUUGUUGUUUUUGAUGUGGAAACGGUCUUUCUCUACCCUUGGGCAAUGAGUUUCGACGUAUUGGGUAUAUCCGUUUUUAUCGAAGCUUUCAUUUUUGUGCUUAUCCUAGUUGUUGGUUUAGUUUAUGCAUGGCGAAAAGGAGCCUUGGAAUGGUCUUAACUGAAUAUUCAGACAAAAAAAAAA